AUACUUUAUAAAAGGUGAAUAAAAACUAAUCGGUUACUCUUUUUUUUAAUUACCUUUUUUUUUUUUUUUUUUUACCUAAGCAUCGGUGCAAAUCUCUUUCAUUCUCAUAUCCCCGAUUACAAAAGAAAGUAUGUAGGCGUUUAAGGAUGGUAAGUCGGUCACCAGUCCCAAUAAACCACUUUGUCAAUUUUCAUCACCGCCAUAUUAGAACGGAAACAGACAUUGAACUCUGUAGGUCCUCAGUACCCCGAGACAUUGUGUGUCCAGAUUCGGGUUAGAAUAGAUCCUCAGUACCCCUUGCUUGUCGUAAGAGGCGACUAAUUGGGGCGAUCUUUCGGAUGAGACCGCAAAACCGAGGCCCCCUGUCACAAUAGGGAUUUUCGCCGUGACGUCAGAAAUCAGUCACGUGACUUACUGGUUGGCAAAACAUUUGAAAGUUUAAUGGCCGAAUGCUGAGUAAACACGAGCAAAACGAUGGUUGUAUCAUGUUGUGUAAUAGGCUGUGCUAAUCGAUUUGAUAAGAGUAGUCCGAAAAGCUUUUACCGCAUACCCAAGAAGCCAGAAUCAAGAAGAGAGCUCUGGAUAUCUGCAAUUAAGCGUCAACACAUCAGUGGUAAACCAUGGGAACCAGCGGACCACGACCGUGUUUGCUAUCUGCAUUUUGUUACUGGUUCGAAGAGCAAUGAUCUGUCAUCUCCUGAUUAUGUGCCAUCUGUGAAUAUGGGAUAUGACACAAUCAGACAGAAAAAUCCAGACCUACGAAAGGCAAGAUACUUGAGAGCAGAAAAGCGUGAAACAGAGAGACAGCAUAUUGAAGUAGCUUCUGCCCUUUUGGAUUUAUCCUGCAAGGAAAAUCUCAACAUGCCAGUAUCAGAUCCAGAUCUACCCAGUGACUGUCCAUCAAAUGCAUCUCAGCAUGACAAUUGUCUGAAGAAAAUUGCUGAACUUCGCCUGGAAAAUAAACAACUUUAUUGUGAAUUAGAAAGACUUCAGGUGGAGAAUAAAGCACUCAAAGAACAGCGACCAGGACACCUUACAACAAGAGCACAAACAUGGUCCAAUUACAAACAUAGCAACACCAUAAAGUUUUUAGUGUCUAUUACACCAACAGGUGCUAUAUCAUAUGUUUCAAGAGCAUUUGGUGGAAGGACAUCAGACAAAGUCAUUACGUUGCGAAGUGGAUAUCUUGACAAACUCCAGUAUGGUGACCAAGUGAUGGCAGACAGGGGCUUUUUGAUAGCGGAGGAAUUAGCAAAUCAUGGAGCAACCCUUGUGAUUCCUGCCUUUACCAGAGGGAAAACUCAGCUCUCGGCAAGAGAUGUUGAACAAACACGGAAAAUUGCACAUGUAAGGAUACAUGUAGAGAGAGCCAUUGAGAGGAUCAAGAAUUUCAAUAUUCUGAGCACUAACUUGAGUAUGCACAUGGUCCCUCAUGCUGACAGUAUUUUAACUAUUUGUGCUGCAGUAUGCAAUCUUCAACCAAAAUUAGUGGCAUAA